AUGAACAAAGAAUCCUCCGCGACGGACAAGCAAUGCUUGCCUGGUGUACCAUGUGCUGAGUUUCGCAAUCCCGAAUCGUCGUUUGCCCAGUCACACGUUGUCGAGGAUGCAGUUGAUAUCACGACCUUGAUCGUAUCUGCUGAAGACAACCCGACACUUCCUGCACUCACGUUUCGCUUUUGGGUCAUUGGUAUUGGACUAGCGAUUUUUGGUUCUGUACUUUCUGAAAUCUACUUCUGGAAACCUCAGGGAACAACUGUCUCCUCUCUCUUCCAGCUCAUUAUAUCGUAUGUGCUUGGAAAUGCUAUGCAUCAUAUGAUGCCUUCGACCGGUUUCUGGCGACUCCUGAAUCCCGGACCAUUCAACAUCAAGGAGCAUACCUGUAUUACGGUCAUGGCAUCAACCGCAUCGCUUACUGCGUCGUCCAUAGGAAUCAUCGCUACUCUCGAUCUUUUCUACGACAUUAGCCUCCAUCCCGUUUCCGCGAUCCUCCAGACUUUUGCCUCACAGUUAAUUGGAUACGGUUUUGCUGGCGUGCUUCGGAAUUUGCUCGUGUGGCCUACCUACGCUCUGUAUCCAAAUCAAUUACCUUCUAUUUCCUUGUUGCAAUCAAUGCAUCUGGGUGGACUCCUUAACCGUCGGAAGAUGAAGUAUUUUUGGAUAGUCUUCACUGCCAUAUUUUGCUGGGAAAUUGUUCCAACCUGGAUGUUCCCUUUGUUGACAGCGGUAUCGGCCGUUUGUCUUGUCGAUAACGGGAGAUCGUCGUUCGUUCGCAACUUGUUUGGUGCAGGAUCUUCCAAUGAAGGAUUAGGUCUCCUGUCCUUUGCGUUCGAUUGGACUCUCAUUACACAAGCCUAUCCACUCUUCUGGCCCCUCCAGACCCAAGUGUCCGCCUGGGUUGGCAUUUCAUUCUGUUAUAUUCUCAUGAUGGUGAGCUACUACAAGGACGUUUUUCAGGGGCACUCUAGAGGACUCCCUUUCAUGUCGUCCUCCCUUUUCACUGGGAAUGGUUCAACGUACAACCAGACUUCAAUACUCGAUACUCAAUAUCAACUCGACUCGCAGAAAUAUGCGGAAGUGGGUCCUCCGUACAUGACAACAACUUUCGCAGUCUCCCAAUUGGCGGGCUAUGCAUCCAUGGGAGCUGCAUUUUCUCAUAUUAUUCUUUGGCACUGGAGGGAACUUUGGGCAGCAUUCAAAGACUUCAAUUUUCUGAAGACUGGCCAAGAAUUUGAUGAUGUUCAUUUCCAAAAAAUGAAAGCAUACAAAGAGGUCCCACAGUGGUGGUAUUUAGUACUUUUCGUAAUCUCUCUGACUUUGGCGAUUGGCACGGCCUAUGCUGAUGCCAACUUACUACCUUGGUGGUCUAUCAUUAUGUUCACAGCUAUAGCAUUCAUAGUUGCAGUCGUCCUGAGUCUCAUCUAUGCCGUGACUGGGUUUCAGCUAUGCACGUGUUCGGUUCUCGUGCAAAUUGUUGCGGCAUAUAUUCAUCCCCAGCAGCCUAUACGGAACAUGUACGCCAAGCUGUACGGUUAUAACACAGGGUACCAAGCCCUUUACAUGGUGGCCGACCUCAAACUAGGGCAAUAUGCCAAGGUCCCACCCCGUUGUACUUUCGUUGCCCAGCUGAGUGGUACAAUUAUCGGAGCGAUUUUCAACUAUAUUUUAUACAAAUCAAUCGUCGGCGCCCAUAGGGAAGACUUACAAAAUCCAAUUGGUACACGGCUUUGGUCGGGUUGGAACGCACAGCAAAUCAAUUCCGCAGCUAUAACUUGGGGCGCGUUGGCAAAGGAACUCUAUGCCCCGGGAAAGAUCUACUUCCAGCUUCCGUUAGGGCACCUAUAUGGAUUUCUGGCGCCUUUCCCGUUGUAUUUCAUGCAUCGUUUAUAUCCAAGCCAACGCAUUUGGUCAUACUUGAACAUGCCCGUUAUUUUGACGUACGCCGGGUGGUUGCCGUAUUCCGUUAACGGGGCGUGGUGGCCAGGGUUCGUCAUAGGGCUCGCCAGCCAGUGGUGGGCGAGGACGAGAAGACCGAAAUGGUACAUGAUGUAUAACUAUCUGACGUCUGCUGCCCUAGAUGGUGGGUCGUCCAUCAUUUACUUCAUCCUCAACUUCGCAGUCUUUGGUGCCGGCGGAAAUAUCAUCAAUUUUCCGUACUGGUGGGGCAACCCUGACCCAAGCAUUAGCAGCAUCGGUGCGCAAUAAAAUACAAGUUGCCUCCCCGCUUAUGAUUUGACUAAUAUUGGCCUAGAUCACUGUAAAGUGAGUGGGUACUAGGAAAGUUGAUAGUACUAAACCGAAGUGCGAUGAGUGUUGUAAAAACCGCGGUUACCUGAAGGCUGGUUGACGGGGCGAAUAUGUCACCGGUGAAUAAUCCACGUUGAUAAUGCAGAUUCAGCGUACACAGAACUUCGAAAGUACAGUAUAAAUAAGAAAAAAACAUGUAACGUAUUAAGUAAAGGUGGUGUCCGAUCCGGUGUCCAGUGUCAAUUCUGGUGUACUUGGUCGGGUAUUGACAGCCAGUGUCAGAUCAGUUUGAGGUUCCCCAGCU